UCAAUGUCAAACGUCAGUCUUGACUUGACUCCCCUUUUCAGAAAUCUAAAAAUAUCCUAAUGUUUAUUGGACCAAUAUUAUUAAAAAUUUGUCACCGCUAUAAUACCGAAACAUUAUCAUGUCUACUUCAAUUAUGCUUUCAAUGCGCAGCACCUAUAGUUGUAUAAAAUAUAUACGUUGUUUAUACUUUUCUACCCAGAUAGAACAACCUGCAAACAAAGUUACCGGUAAGGUAGUAAACGUAGCUAUAAUUGGAGCCCCUAAUUCAGGCAAGAGUACAUUAAUUAAUAAGAUUAUGGAACGUAAGAUUUGUGCUGCCUCUAAUAAAGUACAUACUACAACAAAGUUAGCCAGAGCUAUGUGUUAUGAAAAAGAUACACAAAUUAUUUUUUUGGAUACUCCCGGUGUUGUAAGUGACAAGGAACAAAAGAAGUACAAAUUACCCGUAGCAAUGCUAGGUGCAUGUGAAAAAAGUUUACGAUGUGCUAAUGUUGUUGGUGUAGUACAUGAUGUGUCCAACAAAUGGUCAAGGGACAGCAUUCAUCAAGAUGUCAUAAGCAUGUUAAAUUCAAUUGGUAAAAUACCAAGCUUUUUGAUACUAAAUAAAGUAGAUCAAUUAAAAUCUAAAAAGCAACUGUUGGCAACAAUUCGAAAUCUAACAAAUGGAGUAAUCGCAGGAAGAACUAUGCCAAAUCCUGAUAGGACUCAGUCAACUAAAAGUAAAUUACAAAAGGGUUACAGUCAUUUCUCUGAUGUGUUUCUAGUUUCUGCAUUAACAGGGGAUGGUGUAGGAGCUAUUAAGGAAUAUCUUGUAUCUAAUGCAAAAGUUAUGAACUUGCAAUAUUCUCCGGACUAUUGGACAGAUCAAACUCCGGAAGCACUAAUCGAGGAAACAGUUCGGGCGAAAUUUUUAGAUUUCCUACCACAAGAAAUACCUUACAAUUUGAAAACAUGUUUGGAAUACUACGACGAACUAGAAGAUGAGGAAAAAGUUGUCUGUUCAGUUGUUGUUGAAUGUCCUUCAGAUAGAAUAGCCAGGUUAAUAAGUGGUGCUGGAGGCGGGAGAUUGCAACAAAUAAAAUCUUACACGAGGAAUGAUUUAAUGGAUUUGUUCAAGAAAACGGUAGUUAUUGAUUUACAAUUAAAAGUUAAAAAUAAAUCUAUUGAUGAUAUACAGAACAAGUAAAAAUGAGAAAUUGCUAUUAAGAGUUUAAUAAGAUUGUAUAUUUUUGUUUUUAUUAUU